AUGACUGUGUUUCAGAUGACAAAUGCACGUGGGGCGAUUGGGGGGCACACCGUGAUGGACAUCCAUGCAGUGGACUUUAAUGGCAAGACUGCUCUCCACCAUGCUGCUGAGAAGGGCAGGAGGGACACACUUGUCAGUGUUCUGGAGGCUGGCGCCAAAGUGCAUGCACCGGAUAAGUUUGGAUGGACCGCCCUCCAUUGGGCCGUGUUCAAGACUCGUUCUGCCCUCGUGCCCCUCCUCCUGCAAAAGGGGGCUACUCCAAACACCAGGGACCAGGAUGGUUGGAUGCCUCUUCAUUGGGCUUCACUGAAAGGUCCCAAGGAUGUGUGUGAGCUGUUGCUGGAGCAUGGGGCUGAGAUAAGUGCCCAGAACCGGGAUGGGUCCACGCCAUUGCACCUUGCUGCUCGAGGAGGAUACUCUGCCAGCCAUGAUGUCCUCGAGCAACUGAUCGGAUGUGGAGGAGAGGUCCAUGCCAUUGACGAGUCUGGCUGCACGCCGCUCCACCAUGCUGCUGAUGACGACAACGUGGCUGGCUGCGAGGUUCUAAUCCAGUACGGUGCACGGGUGGAUGUUCAGACCAAGGAUGGCAAGACGCCGCUGCACAAGGCUGCUCGGUGGGGGAACCUGGCUGUGUGCGAGUGUCUCGUGCUCAACGGCGCUCCAGUGGACGCCGUGGACCAGGAGGGAUGGACGCCACUGCACAGGGCCGCCCUCACCGGCGAAGCUGCCGUGGUAAAGCUUCUUCUCCAGGCCGGGGCCCGCGUCGAUGCCAGGGACAAGAACGGCGCUACGCCGCUCCACCUGGCGGCAGGCAGCGGACAUGCGGACAUGUGCGAGCUGCUCGUGGAGAAUGGCGCCCAGGUCGAUGCACAAAACGAGGUCGGAGAGACGCCUCUGCACUUGGCAUCCCAGAGGGGAAGGGAUGGGCUUGUUCGCAAACUGCUCGGCUGGGGCGCCAGCACCGCGGUGGAGGCAAACGAUGGAUUCCUGCUGCUUGCGCUGCACAUGGCGGCCUGGAGGGGCCACAGGGGAGUGUGCGCAGCACUGCUCGAAGACGGUGCGGCAGUGGACGCCAGCAACAAGGAGGGAUGGACGGCUUUGCACAUGGCGGCGCGAAUGGGAGAUGUGGCGGUGUGCCACCUGCUCAUUCAGAGCGGCGCCAACAUCGAGGCGGUCGAUGAGAACGGCCGCACGCCCCUCCACCUGUCCGCCAUUUGGUCUCCCGCUGUGUGCGACGUCCUCUUGCAGAAUGGCGCGGAGGUGGAUGCCCCUGACGAGUCAGGAAACACACCGCUCCACAGGGCCACUGAGUACGGCAACGCCGGGGUGGCUCGGUCGCUCGUGGAGAGGGGCGCGAACAAGCUAUUAGUUAACAAGGAUGGCAAGCUUCCUAGGGACGUGGUGGGCGCUUCCUGCGCUGGACAGCUCAAGCGAUCGAGGUCGAUGAACCUGACGAUCACGCUGACGUCACAGGGAUCAUUCGGCGUGCGUGACGUCAUCCAACACAGGAUGUCAGCCCCGUGA